AUUGGCUGUAUUCGGUUAGACAUUAUCCCAAAAAAAAAGAAAUAAUAAAACGAAAUAUAACAAACAAUCGCACCAAAAUUUCAUUCUGUACGACAUUUUGAAUUGCAUAUUUUGUAUAUUGAUUGAAUUUUUUUAAUGGAUGUGGGCUAAGAAAAAUUUUCAAAUUAAAAUUAAUCAUGAAUAAAGUGCAUAAAAUUCGAGACGAUUUAACUCAAAUGAGUCCAAUGGAACGAGAAAAGCAUAAAGAAGCUUUGGUGAAAAAAUUAAUGGACAAAGAUCCAUCGAUUCAUUUGGUGAAACCAGAAAAAUCAUCGAAAAGUUGUGCCUGGGGUGCUGAUUGUUUUUCACUUAUUUUCAAUAAUAAUGUGAAAGAAAAUUAUGUUUAUUGUCAAAUUUGCUCGAAUUUGAUAACAUACAAUUCAGUCCAUGGUACUGGCAGUUUGCUUCGACAUCAUUGCUACAAAAAAGUGAUGAACAUGCAGAAAGAAGAAAAAAACAUUGCAAAAACAUUGAAUUUCAGUGGUACGGCCGGACUAAUCGCCGCUUCACCGAAAAUUGUGAAGAGAACAUCGCGUGGCAAUGAGAACAGUCCAUUGGGUGAUCUUAUGAUCAAUUCAACGGAAACGAUAAAAUUUCAAAUGAAAGGACGCGACAAUACAAAACAAAAGAAAGAAAUUGAAGAGAUGAUUGCACAAGGUGAUCCAUCGAUUGAUAUGCGUGCACCGGAAAAUAUAAAAAGUGAUGUAUGGAGCAAUGGAAAUUUUAAAAUUCUCUAUCAAAACGGUAAAAAGUUAGAUUUCGUGAUGUGCCUUUUUUGUCAUUCGCUAAUAACGUACAAGAGUAAAACGGGAACGGCAAGCCUGCUGCGACAUUCGUGCAUCAAACGAUUGAGCGAGACGAUAAAACGUGAACAGUCACCGAAUCCAGACGAUAACAUCCACGAAUAUGUGACAAUACCAAUUAGUGAAGAGCAUCCGGAUGAUGUGGAUGCAACACAAACGACCAGUGGCGCUGACAAUUUAUCGUUUGCCAAUGAAAAUGACACCGAUCAAGAGCAGUAUUCACCCAAUGAAUUACCGAUGGAUUUGAAAGAGGAAGCGCUUCGAUUAUUCCACAUUCUUAAUUUGAAAGAUAUGCACUCACCAAGUUUGGUGGACAACAGUGGUUUUCUAAGUUUUGCCCAGUAUUUGAUCAAUGUGGGUGCCGAAUACAAACAAGUUAGCAUCGAAGAUUUGCUAAAAGAUAUAAAAGAUUCGGCCAAUUUUCGUUCAACCGUGUGCGAAAAAUCAACACAAGAUCUACAUAAUAUGCUGAAACCGAAAUUUGAUGAACAUAAAAUUGCCUUAUCAUGUGAUUACUGGCAUGAUCCAAAUCGUCGGCUGAAUUUUUUCACAUUAUAUGGUCAUUAUAUCAGCAAUGAAUUUGGUAUUAAAAAAGUCAAUUUGCGUACGGAGAGUUUUGCCGAAGAAUUUACACAAAUCGAUUACAAACAAUUGGUCACCACGAUGCUUGACCAUUAUUUUGACAAUGAAACGGAUGUGGAAGCAUUUUUAUCAAAAACAACGACUGUUGUAUUCGACGAAAUGUUGGAUUCGUUUAAAUCAUAUUCAACAAUUAAUUGCUCUUGUGCAACAUUGAAUCGAAUCGUUUUUCAAUUGAUUGACGCAUAUGGUUUGCGUAAACUGCUACCAAACGAUAUUUGGAUAACAAAAGAUUGGUCGAAAGUUUGGGAAUAUUUGGAAAUCGCUGAGGACAGCGAUGAAUAUAAAAUGAAUAUCGAUGAAUUCAAACGCAUAUUGGAUCCAUUUACAAAAGCGGCUAAAAGUUUGAGUUCGGAUACAAAGCCCACCAUAAAUGAAGUCUAUAUAUUUCGAAAGAAAAUCGAAGAUCAUUUUCGAAAUACACGAUUUUCAAGAGCAAAAAUCCGUGACAUUGCAUUAAAUUUGAUUCGUGAACAGUUUCCAGUAACAAAUUUACAUAAAAUCGCUGUAUUUCUUGAUCCACGAUUUAAAUCGCUGAAAUUCAUGAGCCACGAGGAGAAAACAAACGUCUUGAAUAUGGUGAGCAAAAUGAUUAGUUCGAAUGACGAAAAUGAUGCCAAUGUUAUUGCAUUUGGCGAAGAGAACGAUGAAAAGACAUCUCACGCAUCCGGCACAAACAAAUUGAAUAGUGCAAGCGGUGGCGGCGGCGGCAGCGGUGGCUCAGGCGAUACCACUGACAGUACAAAAUAUCUUAUAGAAUAUAUGGACAUAGUUGAAGAGCGUGACGAAACACAUGACGAAGUUGAAACAUAUGUGAAUUUGAAAUUUAACGAUAUUUCCGUUGAUAUUCUGGAAUUUUGGGAAUCACGUUACGAUUUACCACAUCUCCGACAAUUAGCAAAGGAAAUUCUAUGUAUACCGGCUUCUGGUAUCGUUGGCGAAAAGAUUUUUUCGGAUAAAGCCAAUUUAUUAGCCAAGCGACGCCUCAACAUGGAAAUCGAUAAUGUUAAGCAAAUGUUGCAUAUCCAUGAAAAUUUUGAAAUGUAUGCAAAAACAUUCGUAUUUUGAAAGAUUUUGUAAAAUUGUAAAAGAUUUUAGUAUCCUAAUAAAGCUGUUUUG